AUGGCAGGCUUUCGCAGAGGUAAUGAAACGCCUAUGGACUUUGAAUAUGACCAGACGCCUGAUAUCAGUCCGGCAUCACCCUUCUAUGACGCAAAGAAAACAGCAAGCCGUUCAAUCUUCGCAUACUCCCCUAUAAACCCCCCCCAUACUCCCCCAGCUACUGCCACCUUCCGUUUCGCCGCAGGAAAUCCGACGACUCCACACUCAACACGACCUACGCAAAGCUACCCCCCGGUCCCCAGAUUUAGACACAAGCCUAUUCUACCAUCAACUACAACCUCACAAAGCACUGGUCGCGGAGAGCUCAAGAGGGGCGAGCCGCGAAGACAACUAUUUGCCGCUGUAACCAAAGCACGUAGACGGCGACCGCAGACGCAGAUUUCAACACAAAAUUUUACGCCCCUCUCUGGAUAUGAUACAGAGGUUGAAAACUCAGAUGAAUCGGAUGAGGACGAUGAGGAAGAAGAUGAAGAUGACGGCUCACCUUGCCGGCGGCCCCCACCUCGCAUGUCAUGGCGCCGCACAGCAGAAUCUGCUGCGGCCUCUUUUGUGUCAACCCAUCGUGACCUGCCGCUAAUUGUGUCACAUUACCUUCAGCUAUUCUUCAAUCUUUCAUUACUACUACUGGUUCUUUAUGCCGUGUUUUGUUUCUAUCUCACUAUCCGGGCAGACGUCGAUGUAAAGGUGGAGGAGUACUCCUCUGAAAUCUUAAUGGAGAUCAGUCAAUGCAGCAGAGACUACAUUGAGAAUCGCUGCGCGCCAGGAAUGAGAGUACCAGCUAUGGAGAAAGUAUGUAGUGCAUGGGAAAGAUGCAUGAACAGGGAUCCGACAAUGGUCGGGAGAGCACGAGUAAGCGCAGAGACAUUUGCCGGGAUCGUGGAUGGAUUUGUUGAAGGAAUCAGUUAUAAAACUAUGCUUUUUUGCCUCCUCGUGAUCUUCGGAGGCUUGUUUAUAUCAAAUACAGCAUUUGGGUUCUACCGGGCCAAGGCGGUUGAUCCUAUGCCAAACUAUCACCCGACACAGUCAUUUCCUUCAGCAUAUGGAGCGUACCCAAAUGGAGUACCGCCGACACCUAUGACUUCACGCUGGGAUCGUGAACUACAACAGCAGAUAUAUGACCAGCAAUUAUCACAGCAACUCAUGCCCGGAACCCCUGUGCCAAGUACACCUUCGAGAUCACUAGCUUGGGAUGGCGGGAUGACACCGAGGAGAACAGGUGGUCGGGAACGAGUCGGGACUGGAAGAAGAGAAAGGCGGUGA